AGGAAUGCAAUGACAGAGAUGAACAAUGCCUGCAAAACUUUCUCCUCAAGAGCUCCUGAACACCAAAUGGGUGGAGAUCAGUACGUCAGACCUUGUGGACUCCACCAGAACUGACUACCACUUCAAUAAACUUCUUCACAGUAAAGAGGUUGUGUACUCACCGGGGCUAUGUAUUGACACAGCAGGAGUUCAGUUCAUUGAAUUAGAUCCAAGAAAACCUUCUGAAGAUGACAAAAAGGAACUCAUUGGUAAAAUAUUGCAAAGUGAGGACGACCUUGCAAGUCACAUCUCAAGCACAACAUUAUUCUCCCAAUAUAUUAGCAAGAAACAGCUUCUUCACGAGAGAAUUUUAUUUGCUGUGUCUCACAAAUAUCAUCAGGACGCAAUUAAAACAGAAGCCAAGCUGUCAAGCUCUAGUGAGUCGAGUGUUGACUUGUCUAGUUCUGAAAUUGUGCACACACCAACUGGAAAUGGACUGCUUCUAGAACUUGGUCUCAAAACAGGUCUGUCCCUGAUGUUCUCCCUCCUAAAACAGUCCUGGGUACAAUCCCAGACUGACGCGUACAGCCUGAGUAACGAUGUGUUGAUAACAGCACGUGACUUGCUCUCCGCUCUUCCUCCACUGUCUUUAGCUAUGGACACUAAGAUCCCUCCUCUCGGCAACCAAACUCUCAGUCAGAUUUGCCAGUUUCUACAAAACACAGUACACGGUAAAUCCAACGCCGAUUCGUACGGACAACAGCUAGCGGCAGAGGUGCUGCUGUGUCUGGUGAUACAGCGCGGAUCACUACACACUGUGCUGGACUGGGUGCGCAUGGCGCGCAGUCCCAGCACCCAGGGGGUCAUGAUAUCAGUUCCUCUGCUCAACCAGGUAGUGCAGCAAAUAGAGUGCAACGUUAGUCUGGAAAUGGGAACAUUUGGAGGUAAAGAAGAAAUCACACUUAACGAUGCGGCUACUGCUCUAAUGAAACAUGUGUGCACCACAGCUACCAACUACAUAGACAUGUGUAUGAGGUGUGAUAGUAAGCCUGACAGCGACCCUGUAAUGCCCUCUGAUGUGUAUAUCUGGGGCUCCAACAGCUCCCACCAGAGUUUCUUACAGCUAGCUGAGGGGAGUCAAGAAAAGAUUUUAGUAGCGAAACAAACGGAAUGUUUUGCGGGGUCCCAAUAUGUUGAAGCCGGACAAUACUGUACUUUUACUAUAGGUCAGAGUGGUGAGAUACAAGCCUGUGGUAAAGGCAGUUACGGUAGACUCGGACUAGGUGACAGCACGAACCAGGCCCAACUGAAACCCCUCUCGUUUGAUCCUCCUGUCUCUAUUGUAAAGAUUACUUCCUCUAAAGGAUCAGAUGGGCACACCCUGGCUCUGACUAGAGAUGGCGCUGUCUAUACGUGGGGCGACGGAGAUUACGGAAAGUUAGGCCACGGUAACACCAGUACACAGAAGACACCAAAACUACUUCUCGGCCCACUGUCAGGGAAGGUAGUAGUCAAUGUAAGCGCUGGGUAUAGGCACAGUGCUUGCGUUUGUGAGGACGGGACUCUGUGGACGUGGGGUGAGGGAGAUUAUGGAAGAUUGGGACACGGAGAUACACUUAGUAGAGAUAGCCCUAAAUGUGUUGUUGAUAUCAAUAAUGUAGGACAGGUUUCGUGCGGCAGCUCCCACACUUUGGCGGUGUCUAAAGACGGAAGGACGACAUGGUCAUUUGGCGGUGGUGAUAACGGCAAGUUAGGACACGGUGAUACUGCCAGAGUUUUCAGACCAAAGGUUAUAGAAGCGCUGAGUGGAGUAGUUGUAACCAAGCUCACUUGCGGUUCUCAGUUCUCCAUGGCACUCACUGCCAUCGCUCAAGUUUACACUUGGGGCUCCGGACCAUGUCUAGGACAGGGAACCCCAGACGCAACAGAGCUGACACCCCGCAUAGUGGAAGAGUUGCUGAACUACCGGAUAAUCGACAUCAGUGCAGGAGAUAGUCACGCACUGGCGCUGACUCACGACAGUACUGUUUACGCGUGGGGCAACAACUCUGUGGGACAGUGCGGACAGGGUAACUGUCACAGUCCAGUAUCCAAACCACGGAAAGUAGCCGGUCUGGAGAAUACUCCUAUACAUCAGAUAAGUGCGGGAACAUCUCACUCAGUUGCCUGGACUGCUAUACCCACUGAUAGAAAGGUACUAACGUGGCAGAAACCUUACUGUAUUCAGCUUAAACCUGAGACUUUCAGCAUGCUGUAUACCUUCAUGGUAGAGCUCAACAACGAUCAAAGUGGGGACCUGAAUCAGGAGUUCCUCUACUUGUGUCUCAAGCUGCUCAAAGCUCACUUGGAGUUAGCGGUUGCAGGAUCCAUGUCACAAGGACAGAUAAUGGGAAGACAGGCUGCCUUACUUAGAGACAUGUUAUUUAACAUGUUGGACUGUCAGCUCCCUGACGAUAUCCACAAACUGGUUCGUGACACUCUGGUAAUGGGAUCUCCAGUCCUGCUCCCUGCCCUAGAAGAGAGAAUGCUGCUGCUGAACACACUGUUACCCGAGAGAUGGGACACUUUGUCACCUGGGCACUCUCUCCAGUUAACACUUGUACUGAACAGCUUUUUGGAGGAUUGCCAAGUUACCCAGCUUCUUGGCCUAACAGACUCAAGGAAAGAGAAGAGAAGUUUGUCUGCCUCGUUAAUGAAGCUGCUUUUGAAGAUGACGUCAUCACACACAAACACUCUUCUGGAUUGUGUGGAGGAAGAAUCCAUCUCCUCUAUUGCUGAUAUACACGUGGAGAAUAGCAAGUGUCCAGUUCCCCCUCACCAUCUUUACAAGCUACUACUCUGUCUACAUAAACAUAUCCUGGCUUUCUGCUACGCUAAGGGUCCCUCAGAAGCAGGUUCAGUGCUAGAACUGCUGCGAGAUCACGUCAAGCUGUUGCUUAGUAACGCUCGUGAUCUGAUAAACAGAUGUACUGAAGUGAUAAAAGCGCGAGGAGUCGAUCAUACUGUAGUUGAGGGUAUCAUCUACCCCUCCCUCCCGGGACAGAUCCUCCACCAGCUCCUAUACGGUCUCCUCUCCCUACCACCAACAUCCCUCAAACCUCUCCUCCCUGACGCUACAGCUCUCCUCAUCUCCCUCGACACCCUCGCUCAGAGUAUCUCAAGUCUGGGGGUUACCGAGAGUGUGGAGCUCGCUGAGGAUCUUAUCAGAGUUUGUUGUAUAAGAUUGAAGGAAAAAGUUGGUGAGUGUAUGAAACAUGUGGGUCUUACUAAAUCUGCCAAAAAUUGGACAGAUUCUCAAUGUUGGGUUUCCAAUUUUUAAACGAAGGACAUGAGUUCAAGCUGUAAAGUUAAACCGUAUUUUUAUUAUUCU